UAAACGCUACAGAACUAUUUUCAAAAUCAGGCACACAGCUGUCAGCAGCUGCUAUGGCUGGAUUCAAGCGCCUGAGCAGAUUUUUUCAGCGGCGGAGGAAGAGAAAUGGCAGCAGUCGACGUUGUGCCAUAAUGAGUAAGCAGCCGGAUGGGUUUCCUGCCACCCUAACGGCCCCUGCUCCAAACAACAACACAAUGGUGGAGACGAAGGAGGAGACCAGUGUUCAAGAUACUAAACUGUCUAGAAGUGUUGGAGCUCUGUUUUUUGCAGUUGGAGGAAUUAUGCAAAAAUGCAGCAAGACAAUUUAUCGAACCUGUUCGGGAUUCCUAAAUGUCUGUCUUUUCUGGAGACGCUAUGCAGAUCGUGUGGAGUCCCUUCAUCAAAAAGUAGAGGAGCUACAAAGGGAAAUAGCACUAUUGCAUUCAGCUCUGAAGCUGUCUCGUGAAGCCAAAACUGCAGGUGGUAAUGGUGAAAUACUUAAUGGUGUUAACCUCUCUACACCACUUCUACCUGUCUCCCUUCCACCUCCACCUCCUCCCCUACCACCACCACCACCACCACCUCCUCCACUUCCAUCUAAACUUGCUGUUCCGAAACUGGUCGUAGUCCCCAUCAAGUCUGCUCAACCUACGUUUCUGAAAAAGCAGCGAGAUGGCCCUGUUGCAGUUACUCUCCAUGAUCUUCAGGCAGUACGCCUUAGAAAGGUGACUGUAAGCCAUAAAACUCAGAUGUCUCCAGACAGAAAAAGAUCUCCUUUGGUCACACUCGCAGACUUGCAGAAAGUCCGUUUACGACGUUCUCAUUCUGAACUCCCAUUAAAGUUCAGGUCAAGCCUCGGCAGGACCCCAACCAAAAGUCCAGUGAAUCUUCGAGUACCACUUCGAAAAGUCAUGAACAGGAGCCCUGGUGGUACACCAUUGUUUAACAAAGAAAAUGAGAAGAUGGAUUCAAGCCUUGAUCCAAGAAUGAAAAAUGCUUUAGGAAACAGUCACCUGGUAUGUAACCGCUUUACCAUAAAUGUUUAUCACAAUUUACACGGUACAUUCUUUUUAAGAAUUUUAACAUUAUUCAGACUUCUUCUUCCAUCUUAACCUUGUGCGACCCCUCGUCCUUCUGCGUAGAUUGUGUUUUUUCUUCGCUGUACGCUAUGCAUAAUUUCAUUUCAUUUAAACCGACUGAUCUCAGUUCAGUUGUCUUUGGGAGAAACACCAACAAAACUUUAUCUGGUAAGAAACCUAAUUAAGUUUUUACAUUGAAACCUGUUUGAGUCAAAAGAUUAGAGUCUUUAGUUUCAUCCAAUAUGCCAUUUUAAAAAUGGAUCGCGAAACAGCACACUGACGUGGACUAUAGCGCUAUUUUUCCAUGAGAAAUCCUGUAUUCACUGUGCAUUAUCACAUUGAAAACCAAUGGGUUCAUCCAAAAGCUGAAAAAUGGCAUUUCAGAGGCUUUAUAUGGAGUUAGGAUGAAAAUAAGGUGCAUUUUGAACUGUUCUUAGACCAGUGCAGACAGAGAGCACACUGGAGGUUAAGUUAUUCACUAAAUAGGGAGCAAGGGAGCAUCCUAUAGCUCUCUAUGCAGUUAAGUGCAUUCACUCCUAGCAUCCGACCAAAAGUUCAUUUUCAGGCUGCAGAUGAUGUUUGGACCACUCAACAUGUUUGGCAGACAUGGGACAAUGGUAAUCAGUACAUAGAUUCAGAAUUUAUAAUGUAUCAUUUUAUUUGAACAUGGUUGGCAGUGAUUGGAUGAUGCUGGCCGUUACUUUGAAUCAAAAUUAUUUAUGCUCAUUUCUGAUUAGUAAAAUGCUUCAGCACUGGCUGUCAGUUGUUUGUUUGACAGUGCAAAGAGAGAACAUUGAGAUUUUGUUGCCAAAGUAGAAGAAAACAUUGUAACAUAAAAGUCAAAUCCAAGUCAAAUCAUAGUAUUUGGGCUGUUCCUAAUACACAUUGUUCCAAGCAGCUUUACAGAAAAUCAGCUGUAAUGUCUCAAAAACAUGAAUAACCAACACUCCUGGGAACAUAAUAAAUAAUCAGAUUUUUUUUCUUUCUAUAGCUUGGUAUUAUUUAACAUUUUACAACAUACAUUUUUAGGAAAACUAAUUUUUCUUAAAAAUAUAUUUUCUUCCUCUUUU